AUGUUGGUCUUGGUCAGAAAUAUUAGAUUUGACCUAAAUUUCUUACAAGUCAGCUCACAAAUAGUUUUGGAACCGGAGAUCCACAUUCAUUUGUCAAACUAUAUCAUGCCACUCUAUAAUCUUAGCUUAGAUGUAAUUGAUAUGCAACUUCAAGAGCUCAAUCGUCGUUUUGAUGAAGUCAAUACUGAAUUACUUCUUUGUGUUGCUUGCUUGAGUCCAAAAGACUCAUUUAGUGCAUUUGACAAGAAAAAGUUAGUCAAGAUGGCUGAAUUCUAUCCAUAUGUACAUGGAGACGACAGAUUUAGUAAUUUAAAUGGAAUAGGAGAGCUUUCAAAGAGGAUGGUGGAGGUCGAGAAGCAUAAUAUUUAUUCACUAGUGUAUUUACUAUUAAAGUUGGCGCUAAUUUUGCCUGUAGCUACAACAACCGUGGAGCGAGCUUUUUCAGCGAUGAAAUUGAUAAAGACAUACAUCGAGAAGGAUGUAUUUAAUAGUGUCACCAAUGAUGUAAUUAUUCAGUAUUUUCAGGAUAUAAAAACUCGUCGAGGAUAA